AAAAAAGUUGGGAUGCUUUUCUUUACCCAGUGCUUUGGGGCUGUGUUAGAUCUCAUUCACCUCCGCUUUCAGCACUACAAGGCUAAAAGGGUUUUCUCCGCCGCCGGGCAACUUGUCUGCGUGGUCAACCCCACUCACAACCUUAAGUAUGUGUCCACCAGACGAGCUGUCACUCAGACCGCACCUGAGCAAGGCAGCUUCCCCCCUCACCACCUCACCCACCAUCAUCACCACCGCCACCACCGCCGUCACCACCACCAUGGCAGAUCCCACCACCUCCACCAUCAGGAAGCUGGGCUGCACACCCCCCAGGUGACACCCUGCCUUUGCCCCCUGUUCUCCUGCCACUGGGAGGGCCACCUGGAGGUAGUGGUACCCCAUCUGCAACAGAUGCACAGGGUUGACAUUCUGCAGGGAGCCGAGAUUGUCUUCCUGGCCACAGACAUGCACCUGCCGGCCCCAGCUGACUGGAUCAUUCUGCACUCCUGCCUCGGCCACCACUUUCUACUGGUGCUCAGGAAGCAGGAACGGCAUGAAGGGCACCCGCAGUUCUUUGCCACUAUGAUGCUGAUUGGGACCCCCACCCAAGCUGACUGCUUCACUUACCGCCUAGAGCUCAAUAGGAACCAUCGGCGCCUCAAAUGGGAAGCCACCCCCCGAUCUGUUCUCGAGUGCGUGGACUCGGUCAUCACAGAUGGUGACUGCCUGGUACUCAACACAUCACUGGCCCAACUCUUCUCUGACAAUGGCAGCCUUGCCAUUGGUAUUGCCAUCACAGCCACAGAGGUCUGUGCUGCUGAGGCCAAGCUGUAAGCAUACAGCCAUCCCUGGACACCCCCAGAUGCCUUUGGCCUCUACUCCCCAAACACACACACACACACACACACACACACACACACAGACAGACUCUGCCAGGAUCAAUCACCUCUUUGAAUGCCAGGAUGCCAGACUUCCUUUUUAUUCUUCCCUUUCUCUUUCCUUCCUUUCCUUUUUUUUGUCCUCAGGUACUUUGUGGUAUUUCGUGUUUGUCUUUAGGGAGGGGGUGGGGGUGAGGGGCAGUAUGUUAGAGUAUGUAAAACAUCUGGUAAUUCAAUUCAAGAUCUUGAUGUGGUGUGAUGUGUCAGUAGGGUUUUGUAGAACACAUUCAUCGAAUUCAACCAAGAAUGGUUCCUGAGGUUGGAGCAAUAGUAGAGCAGGGAAGAUGUUGCCUUGCUAGUGGCUGGCCCAGGUUUGACCCUUUGGCUUCAAAUGGUUCCCUGAGUCCACCAGGAGAAGAUCCUUGAGCACAGAGCCAGGAGUAAAGCUUGAACACCACUGGGUGUGACUCCCAACAAAAAAGGAAACAC